AUGGCGUUUGAUACCCACUCCCUCGCCAAUUCCCUUCCCUUUGGCAGAACCAUCACGCGUGAGCUCACGGGGGCCGUGGAAGGCACGGUGAACGAAGCGCUCCGUCUGACCAACGUUACCCUCAAUGCACCAGAUGAGCAUAAGGUCCACGCCUUCUUGAUCAGUCUGCUCAAAUGUACGACCUUGCCCGAGUUCGUGGACGAUAUCAACGACCCGUCUGAUGCCCUCACUGAGGCUAACAGGGCCGGCGACAAUGUCGAUUGGGCGGCCAUCCCGAGUGAUGGCCUCACCCGGCCGCUGCGGAUGUUCGACAUCGACACGCAAAACAUGGUCGACACAACCCAGCUGACCUCGGCUGAUCAAUAUUGCGUGCUAUCGCACAGCUGGAAAGGUGCUGAGAUCAAUUACACAUACUUUACUUCAGCAACGAAGGAGAAUGAUGCAAUCGCUUCGCUUGCGGUGCUGGAUGGAGAAGAAGGGGAACAACAACAGCAGGAAAUCGCCGAUGUUGGCUUGCUAGAAAGGCGAUGCUUCGCCGAUCUGGUAGCAGCCAUUGAGAGACUUGGGGGGCAGGAGUUGGCCGAAGAGCAUCUCGCAGACCAUUUGAGGAAGAAGACACAACAGCGGAAAUUCACAGAGGCCAUGAACGAAGAGGAGAAGACCAGAAGAGACUUCAAAACAAAAGAACAGCAGCAGGAACAUGCCGAACGUAUCCUCAGAGGCAUGGGGUGUGAUCCAGAGAAAAGCGAUCUGUCGCAGUGGAGUACCAAGGCGAAAGCUGCGUGGCAUAAUGCGGAUAAAACUCGCGAUGAGAAGCUCAGGCAAGGGACCCCUUCGCUCAGUGGCAACCGGUCGAUCUUUUAUGCACGCGAAACCUUGCUCGAGUGCUUGCAGCGGCGAAAGUCCUUGCGCAAGCUUAAGCAGGCUAUCAAACACACAAAGUAUUUGUUCGAGGAACGCCCUUUUCUCCCGGCGGAAGGGAAGCGGUACGUGUGGCUGGAUACCUGUUGCAUCAACAAAGCGGACGGCGACGAAUUGAGCAAGUCAUUGGCCUUGAUGGGGGAGUGGUACACCAAUGCCGAUUUCUGCCUCGUCCAUCUCGAUGAAAGCUUCUCCGAUCAAGAGUGGCGAGACGAGCUCAUCGCCCACGGCCGCGGCAAGAGUGUUACCGAAAUACCUGAAGUGAUCGAGCCCGAAUCCAAGACCAAGGACAAGGCGAACCAGAUCAACUCGAAGGAGGACAAACUAAUCCCGGCCAAGUUGAUUCGUCACUUCUGGGACAUCAUAAAGGCUGAUAUCCCGUGGGCCACACGUGGUUGGACGUUGCAGGAAUUGGUCCUAAGCAAGAUGACCUUCUAUGUCAAUCCAGACUGGGAGUUGCUUGACAGAGGCAUUGAUCAACUUGGAUCGUACUACUAUGUCACCCCCUUUAUGGAACACUAUCUCAACAAUAUUACUCCCGUGUCGCCCGAUUUUGCUACCGAAUUUUACAGGCUCUGGCAUUGCAAUGGAGAUGACGAGGACAAUGGCGAGGUUGUUGAUGACGAGGACGGUGAUGUCAGGACGGCUGCCGACAAUGCUCGUGACACUGUCAAGUUUCGCAAGCUCGCCGCUGCGCUUGAAAGCGUGGGAUUUACCGUUCCCAAAUUCCUCAGUAGUCAAUCUGCUACGGCGCAGAUUGAGUGGGCGGUGGAUACGUGUGCCACGAAGCUAUGCUCUGACAAUCCCGAUAUCAAUUCAAUCGAAGAGGUGAUGCAACUUCUGGAGGAUCCCAAAGAGCAUCGUGAGAAAGGUUCUGGGAACGGUUUCAACGAGAGUUCCGACGAAGAUCCCAGGAUCAACGGCCUUUAUCGCCCAUUUCUCCGGCUCCUCUUGGAGAAGCUGCGAGACUCUGCAUUGACUGCGAUCCGUCAGGACCUUGUUACUAUAUCGAAGUUUGGCAAAAUUAGCGAGCUUCACGACUGGACACUAGGAGCCGGUCCCGCGAAUUUCUCGGCAUUCAGUGUGUUGACGACCUCGGCCAGCCGCAAUACCACCGUUGCCACCGACAAGGCCUAUUGUCUGAUGGGUAUCCUCAAUGUCAAGUUUCCCGCCUUUCCCGCUGAAGGGCUAUCCAAAGCCCUCAGCAGGUUGUUCGACGAAGUGGUCAUUGCCUCUAGCGAUGUCUCGGUCUUCAACUGGUCGGGCAAGUACUAUGGGAGUACCAUCCAGGGGCGCUCGCUCUAUCCUUCACGUAUCGAAGCAUAUCAAGACCGGGCGAACUCGGGCAAUGCCACGAACGAUGUCAACAAGAAACUGCUGGAUAUCUUCAGCGCCAAGCAGAACGAGACAAUGAAGGUUGCGUGGGAGGUGGAAAGUUUGCUGAUCCAGAUGCUCAAGUUGGUCAAGCCCCUGAACCACGAAAACGUCCCGCAAAAACUCUUGAACGACCUAGAUGGGGUCAUCGAAACCCUCAAGACAAAAUCUCUGAACAAUUUGGAGGAAGACAGGAAGACCCUGCGAGAUCUGAAGAAGCAAAUCUCCGAAUGUAGCGAUCUCUUCGAGCAGGAAUCGUCCAAAGCGGAAGCAACUCCAGAUUCAUCGCGGAGCAAUCAUGUAGAAGACGCGGAGAAGGGCAGCACAUUCUUCAUGCCUUCAGUAUCCAUCCCUACUUUGGAGAUCAAAUCACCCUUGCACAUCCCGCGGACCUUCUCACGGCCAUGGGGGGAGAAGAAACCACCCAUGGCGGUGCUGCCUACACCCCCCGAGGAACCAGAUCGAGUCACUGAGAUAUUCACGAAUUUAGCCAAGUCGAUGGAGAAAGGGUUUGAAGCUCUGCGUGGCUUUCCUUCGCAGGACGAUGACGAAGAGGACGAGGAACGCGAUGCGGCCGCCUUCUUGGACCCCGAUGCUCAGCACGACGAUGCUCCCCUGGAUGUGAUAGACCGUCGGACCCGAUGCAACAAUCCGAUCGUGGUCAGCAGCUCCGGCAUCAGCGGGACGUUCGACGUUCAACGGGUGGUGGUGACUAUGAUUGACCCGGAGGCGCUUCGCGCUCAGAUCCGAAGGGCAGUGAGCGGACAGAAAAUCGAAGGUUGGUGCAGAGUCAGCACCGGCUUUGCCUACACCCUAGUCAACUUCAGCUGUGAUCGAGACAUGCUCCAGCAACAACUUGACAUGACAGAAGUGAAUGAAAAGUGUCUGCUCUCCGUGUCCGAGGCCACUACUCCGGGCCCCGAAGGCAGUACCAGCAUGUUCGCCCGCCAGAGGCUACGCAAAAUGAUCGACAUGGUGCAAGAGCCCAAUCUGCACGCCGUAGCAGGCGAAUGGGUACUAGCACGCUUCUCCGACGUCCCCACGGCGGAUUGGUUUCUCAGUCGGUUGGAGUUAGGCGCUGGACGUGGAUUCUAUGCCCGUCGCAUCGCCACCGACGCUUUCACCUUCGCCAAUGCCAUUCCCGAGCAGGGGCUCAACGACUACUGGCACCAAUUCAUGACGGAUAAGAAGGAGAUUGCCUGUAAGGCCCUGCAUAACUACCUCCAGGGGAAACGCAUCCGCCGCAACACGGGCGAUUUCUUUCACAAUCUGCAGAGUAAUGCAGAGGUCCCGAUAAUCGACUCACUUACCCUCAUCAUCGAGAAAAUGGCCGAGGGGGUCGUCUGGGUGGGCGACUUCGCCCUGCGGGCCGUGGCAGAUCAUAUGCGUCAUCAUAUCACCCGCUCUGCCAUGGAGAGAAUCCCCCCAAAGGUCCAAGCCGCUGUACAGGAUCUCAAUGCCCGGAAAGGCUUAUUUCCUACUAUCGACGAUCGACGAAAUCGAGCCUUCAAAAAUCCAUACAACGCUAUUUUGAUUUCUACGUUGAAAGACGCGCGGUCUCGGAAUAUGGUGUAUUCAGUGUCAGUCAAGAUUUGUCAUCUGUGA